CACAGUACACGACACAGGCAAGAGACAGAAGCUGCGUGUUGUUGUUGUUACACGGUCUCCAUUUUCUAUCCACGCCAAGGCUGAAAAACUGAUACUAAAUCCUAAAUACAGUCUCUGUGUUACGCUGAAAAAGAUUUUACAGAAUGAAAUAACGUUGAACAGUCAGGAGAAAUAACAGCAGGACAGGACACACACACACUGAUGACUGUGUCGGCUGAGCUGUAACUCUUUAGCGACUGUUGGGAAUGCAGCCACCUCUAGCACCAGCCACAGUCAGAGAGCUGGUGCGCUCCCAUCUCCAUCUUGACCCUGUUGCUGCGGAUUUGCGGUGCAGUCUUUUUGUGGCUGCUGUGCAGAACUACAAGCGUGACUCUGUCCUGAGACCAUUCCCACCUGGAUACCUAAGAGGAGAGAUAAAGGAUUUUGAAGAGUUGCAAAGAGAUGUGAGCUCCUUGCCAAGCAUUAGAGACUUGGUCCGAUUGGGACCAGGAGAUGGAGAUCAUCAUCUGGCACUAGUACACUGGGUACUGUCCUCAAAGAGUUUUGCUUUAAAGACCAUCCAGAAAGAAGAGUGGACCAGACUCAGCCAGCUGACACAAAAUGCAGGGGUCUCCUCUCCUGUGCCAGACUUCCUCUUUGAGUUGGAAUACUGUGAACAGAUGAAUUCAAAGUUCGAGAAGACACGGGCAGGACGGGACCUUAUCUAUGCAUUCCAUGGCAGCCGACUGGAGAACUUCCAUUCAAUAAUUCACAAUGGUCUGCAUUGCCAUUUGAAUAAGACCUCAUUAUUUGGGGAAGGCACUUACCUAACCAGUGACCUUAGUAUGGCUUUCCUCUAUAGUCCCCAUGGAAAUGGAUGGUGUGACAGUGUCCUUGGGCCAGUACUAAGCUGUAUUGCCUUGUGUGAGAUCAUUGAUCAUCCAGAUGUGAAGUGUCAGGUGAAGAAAAAAGACUCUGAGAACGUUGAUCGCAAGCGUUUGAGGGCAAAGAACAGCGAGGGUGGGGAUGUGCCAGAGAAGUACUUUGUGGUGACCAAUAAUGAGCUGCUGAGAGUAAAGUACCUGCUCGUUUACUCCCAGAAACGUUACAGAACCAGACAUGCUCAAGGGACAUCGUGGCUGGUCAGACACCAUUUUGCCAUUAUGAUGGGUCUCUACCUUCUACUCCUCAUAUUCAUUGGUGCCUUCAAUUCUACUAGUUUUCAGUCAUUUUGGCAUCGAAUAUUCAGAUGAUCUAACUUUUCCAUCACAUUUGCCUCAUUUACAAAGUGCCUUUUUCUUUGGUUCACAAAGAUCACUUAAGAAUUUAGUUUAAGACAUGCAAUGAACUUAAUGCUCAGGAAACACUGAACAUUUUAUCCAUCACUUAGCCUGUACAAGUUGAACUGCAAUCACAUUUUAAUAUGCAUUUAAUAUGCAUUUUUUAUUUCAAUGCAUAAUGUAACAUUUACAUCUGGGGAAACUAUGGGGGAGAUAAAAGCCUGCUUGUCUAGGCUGUGGCAUUUUUUAACACUGUGGCAUGUAGCUUGUUCUAAUAUUUUUUUUUUGGUAUAAUACUGGAAUAAUUACAUUAGCUGAACAACCAAAUUAUGAGAGGCAAAGUGCUGUCUUCUUGCUACCUGUCUUUACAGGACUGUGCUUGGCCAAGGUCAGUAUCUGCUUACUUAAAUUGCUUAUGUCUGCUAUAAAAAGUUACUGUUUAUAGACUGAAUACUACAUUUACAAUAUAGUUAAUUUGGGAACUUUUUAAUAUCUUUAUUGUUUAAUUUCCUAAAUAUGACUAAUAGAAGUACAAGAAACUAGGACCAAUUGUGUAUAAUAAUUAAUGAAAUUAAAAAAAAAAAGUACAAUCAAGAUGGUUUUUUUUUUUUUUUUACAGUUAUAACUAACAAACAACAUUGCAUCAUUGUUGUCGUCAUGUAAUGUUACAAAUAUUGACCAUUGACCUAUUUUUCUGUGAAAAACCUCUCGAAUAGUUUACACUUGGGUUAAUAAACACAUAUCUUUCCAGAA